GCCGAGGAAGAUAUAUGGAGGUUUUCCCACCACCCGAGCUCGCCAGUCGCCACUGUCGCCAUAGAACUCGCAGGAAUUCGGCCGUGGAGGUGCUCGAUGAGAUUCGGGUACCUUGGCAUCCCCGUCGCUCCAGACAAUGCCUGUCUUGCGUGACAGACGACGGAUGGCUCAGAGCGACGUUGCCGAACCGAUUUCUGCUUCCACCGCCUGAUCGAAGGACCAUGAGAGAGUAGGAUCUUUUGAGCCGUGCCACCACUCGCUGUCAAGAUGAGCGUCGGUCCGGCAGGCGUCGCCGAUCUGUUCUACUUGCUGGAGUCGAAUAAGCUCGGGGAGGUCGAGGAGAUCAAGAAAGUAUUCCACGAUCAUUUCUUAUGCACAAAGGACAAUUGGCUGGUGAAUGGAUUGUUCGAUUAUUAUCUCUCUACGAACUCCUUGAGGACAGCGGAAGUAUUAGCGGGAGUACGAGAUCCGCACGAUAAACAUCUGUUAGAUCGUUUGUCGGACAUUCUUUCAAAACCUGGCAAUAGUAGGCAGAGAAUACAGGCGCUCACGUUGCUCGGGCAUAUAGCUAGACGUCAGCCUACUUGGUUGUACAAGCUAGCCAGUCAUGCUUUAUUCAGAGAUCUACUCAAAUUACUUAAGGUGGAGGCAGAUAUAUUACCACUUAUGAGUGCCCUUCUUCUGUUAGUAAUGUUGUUACCAAUGUUACCUGCUGCUCUAGGGCCAUAUCUACCAGAAAUAUUUGAGGUAUUCGGCCGCUUGGCCUCUUAUUAUCAUCAUCAUCAAUCGUCCUUACUUUCUCCUUCUUUUACUUCGACCACAGCACCAAAUGUCAUCGACAAGGACCAUUUGUACCUCAUACAUUUGCAGGUAGGAUUAUACGGCUUAUUUCAAAGACUGUACGCGAUGUAUCCUUGCAAUUUUAUAUCAUACCUGAAGCAACAGUACGUUCAGCGUGAUCAAUUGGCUACGUUUACUCAUACUAUUAGACCCAUGCUGGAUUCUGUGCGUAUGCAUCCUUCUCUUGUCACAGCAUCUAAGGAUGCAGAAAUUUCAGCCACUAGGUGGAAAAAGAUGGAACAUCACGAUAUUGUGAUAGAAUGUGGCCGUUUUACGUUAGACAAAUGUCGGGAAGAAAUUUUAGGAGUAGUUAACUCUCGGUGCACUCCGCCUCUAGAUCAAUCUUCCAUCACGUGUGCGCCGAUAAACAUUUGCGGGGGAGUAACGACCACGGAGAUCAGUAAUGGGGAAGAUGAUACGUUCUGGUCACCGAGCAUGACAGUACCACCGCAUAGUCCGGCGCAAACUGCCUCUCUCGAGCCACGCUCUGCCCCGCCAACGCCUAAUAACAAUAGAAGCGGUACUUCCCCGCCUGAAGCUGCUAUAGAAGCUACCCCCGAAACAACUCCCGUUAAGGAUUUGCGAAAAUUAUCAACGAGACAAACGCCUCUGGGAUCUAGCGCGGUGCGUGCUUUAAACGCUUUGGGCAACGGUACAUCUUCUCGGCCCUCAACGCCAACUCCUGUAAAUCCCUCUUCUGUUUCCGGAGUAAAAAGCGCAGACGUUGCAGCGAACACACAUGGAUUUCUCUCGAAUAGACUAAAUAAAAUUAUGACAGACAGGCAAAAUGUUCUUCAGUCGCAAAAAUCAUUGAGUAAUAGCGAGGAGAAUGGGAGGCUCUUAGAAAUGGCUGUAAGUCAAAACGGGAAGAACGAUUCUUGGCAGGAGGAUCAAGAGGUGUUGGAGAUUGUCAGUUCGCACGGAAAUGGAGCGGUCGAAAUGUCAAAGUAUGUCGAAGCGCAAUCUGAGGGACGAAAUGAGAGGAGCACGUACGGCACUCUGUCCGAUUUAUCAACAAAAAUUUAUCAGCUUCGACUGUAUUCUCAAUGUCAUUUCCCAAUAGAAGAUUCAAAUUCAAACGAAACGCACAAAGUGAAGUAUCGAAGAACUUAUAAUAUUUUGCACUACCAGCAGGAACAAAAAAAGAAAUCAACGUUUAUAUGCUUGAUACAGAUUCGACACUCCAGAUCGUGUCCGGACAUGAAAAUACAGAAGAAAUGUUAUAGCGAGGACGUGACAGAUCAAGCGUUAAUGGGAGCGAAGAGACACGAGGAUACGGGCAGUCAAACUUGCGAUCUAUAUCCAUAUGAGCAUCUGUUGUUAGGAAUGUUAGAUCAGAACAGCCAAAACUGUAGUCAAGAAAGUUCUGAUUCAAGAAUGUCGCCAAUCAGCAUGCUCGAUCAGUAUAUCGAGGCUUGCACAAAAACGAAUAGUUUCUCUAGUAAAACGAGACCAAAUGGUACCAGGCAGAAACAAAAGAAGAAAGGGGAGGAGGAUGCGGAAGAAGACGGGGGGGAAGACGAUGGUGUGGAUCCCACUUGCGCUAAUAAUCAAUCACUUCAACUUAUGCAAAUGCAACUACAAUUCGAGCGACAGCGACGGGAAGUCCAUGCUGAGCGUAAUCGGCGUCUGCUCGGUAAACUGCGAGAUUCGCGGGCUUCACAAGAGCAUAAUCUCGCUUUGACUGAACGUUUAAAAAUGAUCGAAAGAGAGGUGGAAGAAUUGAGAGCGCAAUUGGAGCAUAAUAAAAAGGAAGCGAAUCAAGCUGAGGAACAAUACAAAGAAGCUAUGCAUCAUUGGCAAACUAAAUGCGUCGAAGAGCAACGACAAAGUCACGCGUUCAAAGAUCGUUUAGAGAUACUAGAAUUGGAAUUGAAAAACGAACAAAAAAAGACGGCUGAAGCGCAGCAACAACUUCGUUCUGUCGAGGCAGAACUUUUCAAUGCGGGACAUCAGCUUAAAACGGCAUUAAAAGCUGCGGACCGUGGCAAAGAACUGGAAUGCAUUGUGGAUACUAUGCAAAAGAAAUUUGUGCUUUUAGGAGAGGCGCAAUUAAAAUUAGAAGAAAACACAAGUACUUUCUCACCGACAACCAAGCAAGAAACGGCGCAAAUUCAGAAAUCAUGUACAGAAGAGUUAAACAAUAUUCGGCGACAGUUGGAAUCACGAUCGUCACAUUUGGAAGCCGUGAAGGCACGAUUGGGCGAGUUAGAAAAUAAGGAUGCGCGCAAGGAGACGCAACUAGUGAAUCUGCAACGGCUCCUGCAAGAGACGAAGGAGCAACACGCGUCCGAAUUGGAGGCCGUCGAAUCCAAGUAUCGGGCGCAAGUGGAGAUCAAUCUUCUUUUAGAAGGUCGUAUACUCGAGCUUCACGGUAAACUGGAGACCGCGACGUACUCCAAUACCUCGCCCAUGGGUAAUCCCGCUUCCUCGGCAUCGCCUAAGGAACGAUCUCCGCCUCUCUCGACCAGCUUAGCUUCGUCCAGCGAGGGUAGCCUCGCAUUUAUCCAUCCGGGCGCCGGUAUCAUAAUGAAUGAUUGUUGCGACACCGCGACGGGCGAGAUCCCCAAUCUGCAAGCUAUGAUAGAACCUAUACCGAGUAGCAGUCAAACCACCUCACCGUCACGCUCCGUCACUCAACGAUCAUCGACGCCGAAACAAGAUUAACGCCACGGAAAUGUUUAUUGCGCCGCGAGUCUCCCGUAUGUCGCCGACAGACGAUAUACGGAAUUAUUAUCGAAGAUUAUACGAUGCGAAUGCGCCGCGAUCAUUACUUAGUGUCGCGGUAUGAAUGGAAAGAAAGUUAUUUGUAGCUUUUUAUCGAUAGAGUAGACGAGAUUCGUAAGGAAGUUGUGCUAAUCGACUGAUUGCGAUCGAACAGGCAUGCUAUGUUUGUUAGUGUUGGUAUAUCUUGGAAAAAUGGAUUCACAGUGAAUAAAUGGUUGAGAUAUUUUGCUGACCAA